AUUAUUUUUUUUACUUUUUAUUAUUAGAUGAGGAAUUUAGUAACAUUUGUGAAUUAGUCCAACACUUACGAACUAGCAAAGAUAAGGCUAUUACGGCAAUUGACAUCGAUGUUGACGACAUUAAAGUAGUGUCUUCGGGGAGUAAAAAUACGCCAUCCAAUAUUAUUAGACAUCCUGAAGACAAACUGCUUGCAGUGAUUGAGAAGCCAGCAAUGUAUGUGAGAGAAUCAUACGAGGAUCUUCGCUAUCGAUUGAUCGAACUAGCAUCUAGGGGUCCUAAGAAUACCAAACACAAGUUCCUAGUGACCGGCACGUCUGGUGUUGGUAAAUCAUGCUUCUUGAUUUACUUCUUAAUCCUGCAUUUGUGUGAACAGGAUGUCCCGAUCAUUUUUCAGUCUCAUAAAAAUAAAGAAGUCUUCUACUGUUUUGAGAAUCUUAAUCUCAGUUCCGGGAGUUAUAAAGACUUCUCAACUCACUGGAAUUCCUCCGAAACGUGGUACCUAGCGGAUGGUAUUAUAUCUCCCGAGUUAGUGUCGGCAAAAACAGUUAUUGCUUUAUCGCCAAGAGGCGUAGCUAAAGAUAAAUUUCAAGAAAUCGACAAGGAUAUUGUAAAGAAAUUUAACAUGUCACCUUGGACAUUAGGGGAGUUAUCAUUUUGUCGAGAACAUGUUUUCCCGGAAGUGCCGCAAGACAUAAUGCAAGAACUUUAUUACAAGGCGGGCGGUGUGCCAAGAUAUGUUUUUCGGAGAGUUGAAAUCUCAUUGCAUUAUGGUUCUGAUCCAAAAAUAGACGUAGAGAGGCAGAUGAUUAUAUACGAAGCUUUUGAACGUGUUCAACAAGCUCUUUUGCUAGUUGAAGACUUUAGUGGCCUUUUGAAUUGCUUCACCGAAAACGCCUAUUUUAUUCAGUAUAGCAGUCGCCUUGUCCACCGAUGGGCUGAUUCUUCUUAUAUUGGUUUUCACCUCCAAUGGGCUUCUCGUUAUAUACAAGAUGAGAUCGAAAAAAACCUAGAUAAACAGUCAUGGAAAUCUCUUUUGGAAAAGAUCCAAACGAUGAAAGAAUAUCCCGCUGCUAGAGGACUUAUGUUUGAAAUGUUUGUAAUACACCUUUUCCGGUCUUGUAAUGAACAAUUCCAGAUGAGAGAAUUGCUUGAAGACCCUAAGCCAACAAGUACUCCCGGACAUAAGAAGUUUUCUUUAAAUAAACCAGUAACCGCUAAUAUUCGAACUGCAGCUGAACUUGCAAGUAAAAAUGAUAACAAUAUUAACCUUCCAGACACAACAAAUUUUGGUGCGGCCGAUCUAUUUUUAGGGAUGUUAACAGUUUAUGAUUGGAUGGUUCGAACCGCAGUUUGAUCAUAGGACCGGUUUCAGUUCAGUUCAAACGUCAAACCAAACCGAGACCGA